AUGCACUUCUCCACUGUCUCCAUUGCUGCCCUUGUUGCUGCCGCUGCCUCCGUUCAAGCUGCUCCCACUGGUCUUGGUGGUCUUUCCGAUGCCACCAGCGGUCUCACUGAUGCCACUAGCGGUCUCUCUGCUGUCACUGAUCUCCUUAACAAGAUCCCUGGUGCCGAAUCCCUUACUGGUCUUGUUGAUGGUGACAUCCUCAAGACUCUUACUGGUGUCAUUAGCGAGUGCAAGGCCAACGGUGCUGAUGAUGCUGCUACCACUGCUGGCACUAGCGUCAGCUCCUCUGUUCCCAAGUCUGCUGAAGGUGCUAAGGGCAUUGUCCAAAGCCUUGUCGAGUCCCUUUACCCUGGUCUUUCCAAGGCCACCAAGAAUGUUGACGAGAUCGUCGCUCAAGUCCUUGGUGCCCUUGGUGCCGAUAAGAUCGGUCAAGAUGUCCUUGUUGACUCCUUGUCCACUGUUGAUGCUUUGACCGAAAAGCUUGGUCUCGGUGUUGGCUGCCUUGUUGAAGUCAUUAGAAAGGCUGUCGAAGAAGUCGUUGGUGCCGCCAAGGCCCAAAAGCUCGCCCUUCCCGCCCUUGAUCAACUCGAUUAA